GGGGCCGGCUUGCUGUCUUCGCUGCCUUAUCAACAUCAGCAUCUGCAGCUCCGGAGGCCCGGAAAAAAGAAUUCUUUAAGUAUCUGGAUAAGAGACAAGGAGCUAGUGGGAUGAAAAAGAACAACGAGGUGGCUGUGGAAUCCUCUGAGACAGCACGCGGGAAGCUAUGUGAAAGAAUCCUCUGAUGUCAUAAUCUCUGGGUGUCACUGGAACAUUUGUCAUCAUUUCUUUGGCUAGUCCACCUUCCUAUGGAAGGUCAGUAGAAGCGAUUGAUUUAUUCACCGCUACAGGAGUCAGACUCGGCCUAUUUUGGAUUUUGGUGAAAUAAUGCCUUUUCGGUUUGGGACCCAGCCAAGGAGGUUUCCAGUGGAAGGAGGAGAUUCUUCAAUUGGGCUAGAAUCGGGACUGAGCUCCAGUGCUUCCUGUAAUGGGAAAGAGAUGACACCAAACAGGCAACUUCGAAGAUGCCCUGGAAGUCAUUGCCUGACAAUAACUGAUGUUCCCAUUACGGUCUAUGCAACAAUGCGAAAGCCACCUGCGCAAAGCAGCAAGGAAAUGCAUCCCAAAUAGCAUCAUUAAGUCUUCUGUGGAGGGUUGACUAGGUCAAGGGUAAUGGGCCAGUAUCAUCUCAUGGUCUGGUAAACAAAUAAAGUGGUGGCACCAGUUGGAUAAUGUA